UUCCCCGAUUCACACACAAACACACACACUCACGCACGCGCGCACACACACACACACACACACACAUACACACACACACACACACUCCUUCUCUUUCACUCUCUCUCAUUAGCUUGCACAGGGAGAGGGGCUUCAUGCCCGCUCCACCGCUGGCUUGCUGUAGCCAUGCUGCCCUGGAGAAGGAGCAAGUUUGUGCUGGUGAAGGACGAGGAGAAGAGCAAGCCCAAGAGCCUGGGCGCCGGACUGACCUACCACUCGCUUCUGUCCUCGCUGCUGAACUCCUGCCCUGACCUGCGACCCGACUGCCCCUUCCACUGGCUGGCCAGCGUCUUCCAGAGUAAGCGGCAGAAGGUGGAGCUCAACCGCGAGGAGCCGGCGUACAGCGUCCGCUACCUGGGCAGCGCCGUCACCAUCCUGGCCAAGGGCGAGGACUGCGUGCAGGAGGCCGUGGCCAAGAUCUGGCAGCACAGCAACUACGGCGAGCAGAGCCUCAAGCUGAAGCUGAGCGUGGGGCCGCACGGCAUCCGCAUGGGCGCAGACGCCAGCGGCCGCAAGAAGCCCAGCCACCUGUUCUCGCUCAGCCGCAUCACCUACUGCGCGGCCGAGGCCUACCGGCCCAAGAUCUUUGCCUGGAUCUACCGGCACCAGGUGAAGAACAAGGCGGUGGUGCUGCGCUGCCACGCCGUGCUGCUGCCCAAGGCGGACAAGACCCGCGCGCUGGCCCUCAGCCUGCUCCAGAACGCCUCGUCCUCCUUCAGCGAGUUCAAGCGGCUCAAGAGGCAGAGCGACUUCCGCCACUGCCGCCAGCAGCUUUUGGGCGAGGGCAUGGUGCCCGUGGCGCCACGGCGCCGGCUGCUCAACGGCCAGUGCCACUACCAGCCGCCCGCAGACAAGCCCAGCAGCGCCACGCGCCUCUGCUCCAUCACCGAGGAGGAGGAAGAGGAGGACGAGGACAGUGAGCAGGAAGGAGAGGAUGGAGAGGAGGAGGAGGUGGAGGAUGAUGAAGGGAAAGAUGUGGUGAAGGAGACAGGGAAAAACGUGACUGACAGAGGGUCAGCGCAGCUGUCUGAGAGGGACGUGCGGAAAAUCGUUAGCGGACUGGGCGAGUGCACCAUCAGCUGCUCGGAGGACGGCCAGAUCACCAUCAGCACACUCCUGUGACUGGCGGCGAGAGAGCGGACCGGAUAACCUCGCUCCUGCUCCACUCGUCCACAGGAGCCGCGUUGAAAAGGACAAAACACACACACACACA